UCAACGAAGAAUCGUGAUCGUUUUUUAUUUACUUUCUCAGAAGUAACAGAAAUUUUGGAAAAUUUGAAAUAUAAAAUUGCAAGUAAGAUGAAUUCCUGCGAAAAUUCUCGUAAUUACCUUCAGGAAGUGUCGGAUAUUAUUAAUGAAAUUGAGUGUCGAGUACCAGAACCAGAAAUAUGCAACAUCAGAUGUCCACCCUUAGGGUGUCCACGAGGACCUUGUCCAGGUGUGUGCGCUUACGAUGGAGUACCUGAUGCUUGCUGCAUGUCCAAGAUGCCUUGUUGUGCACCUCCUCCCCCACUACUUUGUCGAGCACCCCCGGCAUGUUUAUUAAAAGCAUACGCCAAAGCGGUUGGCUACCCUCCCGAGUCCUGUUUUUCACCACCGAAGGCGCGACUUCGUUUAUUACUCGGUUUUCCGGCGCGCAGAAACCUGCAGAUAGAUUGUUCACCUCUAUCCCCCUGUUAUUUCAGCCCUCCAAAUUGUACAUCCUGUUGCCCUGCUUCCACGUUUUCGUGUUUCUGAAGGGAAGUUUACAAAUGUGCUCUCCCUUUUCCUACACUAGUGGAAUUAAUUCUGGACACUUUUAAAUUUUUACUUAAAUUUCGCAUUUAUUCAAAUUAUUUAAUAUAUAAUCAUUUAUAUUUUAUAUUCUAAUCGUUGUUUUCUAAUUUUAGGGCGUCGCUUAUAUAAAAAAAAUCAGUAAAAAGACCAUUUACAGCUAUACUUUUAAUAUACAAUAAAAAUGACAAUUUCAACAUAUCAAAGAAGGUAGAAAAGAUUAAUAUUUCUGUGAUUGUCUAUUUCACAUCAUGCGACGUUUCGUGUUGCCAGGCGCAAAAAUAAGAAUAAUACAGUUUAGAUUUUUGAAAUUAAAAUUUUAAAAUAUUUACAAACCAAUUCAUGUGAAAAUAUUAAGUAUAAACAUUAUAGAUUACAAUAAAUUGCAGAAUAUACAUUUUCUGCACAAAUAUGAAGUAAAGAAUAUUUUUAUUCAGUGUCCAUAAUUAAUCCCACCAGUGUACCCCGAAUAAUUAGAAUAAUUAAUCAUUCGAUCGCACCUCUCUGUAUACCUAUGUUUGCAUUUAAAAUGAAUUGUAAUUAUUUUAAGAUCACCCUAAUAAUUUU